AUGGAAGAAGACAAGCCCGUCAAAAUCGAAAAAUGGGAUCAGAAUGCCGUUCGUAUUGCAAUGGAUGAUGCAGCGAAAAAAGCAGUAUUAGGUAAAGGAUAUGAAGAGAACUUUCACCUGGUUGACUCAAGAUUGAUGAUAUGUACUAUUGCUAUUCUCUUUGCUUUAUUCGCCUUGCUGUGGGAUUAUCUGCAUCCGUUCCCUGCCUCAAAGACUGUGCUAAUAAUUUGUGUGGCGUCGUACUUCUUGCUGAUGGGAGUGUUAACUCUUCAUGCCAACUUUAAAGAAAAGAAUAUUUUCCUUGUCGCUCACCAGAAAGACCCAGUGGGAACGGAACCAGAUAUUGUGUGGACAGUUGCAUCUUCUAUGCUGAAGUAUGACAAGAACUACACUAUCACCAUUACUGUUACAAAUAAUAAUGAAACAAAAAGUGCAUCAAUUACCAAAUGUGUUGGAGAGGUUUUUGAUGAGAAUGGUGUGCUUCUUUAUGACAAAUAUGCUCCAAUGAUCCUAGGUCUCCAUGAUUCAAUCGAUGGCAGUAAAAAGAAGAAAUAA